AUGUUUAACCCUAGACCUUCAAGUGGCAUCAGCCACAGCUUUUCAAAGUCUUCGAGCAAACUCGAUAAUACAAACAAACUCGAAACCCACCCGCAUUCUAAUCUCGAAACUCAGUCUACCUUAGAACAUUCCCAAGAAACACAGUUCCAUAACUCCAAAUUCAAAUCCAACUCGAAAGAUUUAUAUAACAAAGAUUUACAAAAUUUCAGAGAUUUGAAUAACUUUAGAGAUUUCUCAAUAAGUAGAGAUUUGAAUAACCUUAGAGAUUAUGGACUUAAUUAUGAUAGUGGAAUGGACAAGAGUAAUAAUGAGUUGAGCAAAGAAAGAAGAGAUAUGGAUAAUAGUAUUGCGGACAUGAGUAUGGAGAUGCUAUUCGGAUCGAAUAAGAAUGUAUUAGAAUUGAGUAGUGAUGGUGUGUUCGAAAAGAAUUAUUUGUUACGUUUGAUGUUUACAUUUGACCGUAUGCCAAGGUUAGGUAAUAGGAGAUCAGGUUCUGAAACACUUCGAUUCCAUUCAGUUGAUAUCUCUGUGGGAAGAGAACAGGAAAAUUUCUAUGAUAAAUCAGAUAAGAUGAAAAAGCUGCUUUACAAACCUCUCUCUAAGCGUUUCUUGCCACCGAACGUGGAUUCUAAGCUACUGGAGACUAAGUUUAUGGAUUCCAGAUUAGAUUCCGGUUUGGUGGACACCAAGUUCAUGGAUUCCAAGUAUAUGAACUCAAGAUUGAUGGAUCAGAAGUUGGUAGAUAACAGAAUUAUGGAUGAAAAGCUGUUGAAGGGUGUUAGGAAUUUAGGUAUUAAACCCAUGUUGCAUGGUGAGGAUAAUAAUGAAACUGAUAAAGAAUUCCAAACAUUUAAUAUGCAUAAUACUACCAACAGUGCCAAUAGUGUUAGUUUGAGUAACGGCACUGGCGGUAGUGGUAUGGGAUUGGAUAUGGUGAGGCAUUUCUCUAGAGAAUCAGCAUCACACGAUUUUACGCAUUUUUCCAAGAUUAAUAGCCAUGGUUUCAACUCUGAUCAUAAACUCUCAAGGGCAUUUUUCAACAGAGAAUCAAACGAUCAGUCUUUCACAAGACAAUACAGUAAUAGAGAGUCUAAUGAUCAGUCCUUCACUAGGCAAUACAGUAACAGGGAAACAUCAACAGGAGUACCAUUGACAAGGCAAUUUAGUAAUAGGGAAUCAGGUUCGGAUGUAAAGUUGACUAAUUUAACUAAUUCAUUGGUACAAGGUUUGAAUACUGAUACAUUACCACGUAGUUCUAGUCUCAACACAUUUAAUCUCAACAAUUCUCUCCUUGAUACUAAAUCAGGAUUCGAUACCAAGUCAUCAUUUGAUAAAACAGGAUUUGAAAAGUCAUUUGAAAAGACAGGGUUUGAAAAGUCAUUUGACAAAUCAUUUGACAAAUCUGGAUUCGAAAAAUCAUUUGAUAAAACUGGAUUCGAAAAAUCAUUUGAAAAGACUGGAUUUGAAGUAACAGAUUAUAUGUUGAGAGAUAAGAAAAGUGAAGGAUCUAAAUCAUUCCUAGAAAAAUUACUAGAUAAACCAUUUGAAACACAAUCACAUUCGACUGCCACACCAACCACGACAACUACGACCAACACGACAACAACAACCAGUUCCAAAGAUGUGGAAUUGGAUAAAGAUAAAUUGAGCCCGGAACCCGUAAAAACACUACCAACUACCAACCCAUUGAGUAUGGAAAGAUUAAGUAGUGAUAGACUAGGAACAGAAAGAUUGGCAGUGGAUAGAUUGAUUAAUAGUGAAAGAAUGGGGAAAGAACCUACGUAUGAUGGAAUGAAGUAUUGGAAUGAAGUGAAUUUACAAUGGCAAUACAUGGAUCCACAAGGGAUGGUGCAUGGUCCAUUCUCAUCAGAUCAAAUGUACCACUGGUACGUCAAGAAUUUCUUCCACCAGAAUUUGAGAAUGAGAUUCAACACCAAGAUGCCAUGGAUGCCCUUUAAAGAACUGUUUUCACCCAACUCAAUACCAUUCAAAUCAUUGCCCAAACUAUUCCUACAAACGCCCAAUUUACCCCCAAUGACACUGCCCAACUCUAAUCUGAAUACUAAUCUACUUGGUCCAUUCACCAAUAGUAGUAGUGGAUUGAUGGGCAGUGGCAGUGGUUUAAUGGGUAGUAAUAGCGGAUUAAUGGGCACCAACGCUAGUAACAGUGGUUUCAACAGUCUAAUGAGUAACACUGGGUUGAUGAAUAAUAAUGCUAGUUUACUAAGUAGUAAUACUGGAUUAAUGACAAAUGCUAGUGGAAUGAGCAAGUCCAUGGAUAAUGUUUGGAAUUCAAAUCAGAGCACAGUAUAUCCAAUCACAUCAAUGGGAAAUAUACAUAUUUCAACACCUAAACUAUCUAUCAAUCAACUGAAACAAUCAACGCCUCCGACCCAGAUCCUUAAGGAUAAAGAAUUGACAAGCACUACACAGUUAACUAAGGAUUUAACUGCAACAACACAGUUCAGUGGUAAGGAAUUGUCAAGUAAAGAAUUCACUAGAGAUAGCAAGGAAUUAAUGAGUGACAAGGAAUUAACUGAAACGACACAGAUGUCAAGCACAGAACAGUUGACAGCCACAUCACAGCUAACUGGUAGUAGAGAAAUGAGUAAAGUAGAAAAGAGAUGGAAUACAACAACAGUAGAAGUGAGUUCAUUAAUGGAGAUCAUGGAGCUGGAGAAGAAAAGCGCUAAAGAAAGGAGUGUCAAGUCGCCUCCAAAACCACCUCAGACUGGUUGGAACAUGUCUGAUCUGGCUCCCAAUAACUUCUCAGAAAGUGAUGACUUCCCCUCACUCGCGACGACGGCAGAUACCACGUCUGCAAAGUCCUCGAAGGAAAACCUUGGAAAGAAGUUUGGAAAGCAAAUUACAAUGCCAUUGGAAACCUUUAUCGAGAAACACCCAAUUCAGCCUCCGCACCUAACCGAAUCAUUCUCAUCAAAGCUACUCGGCAAUAAACACUAA